CUCGGGCCUGCCAUCUUGGCUGCCUUCAGCUGGCGCCACCGCCGCCAAACAAACCCCGGCCGAGCUCGGGGGCUGCGCAGGCGACGGCCCGGGGGUGGGGGUCCGCCGUGGCUCCGGGGGGGACUGGCAGGGAGGCUGAGCUCCGUGGGAGCAGACCGCCGGAGGAACGAUGCCUGUCGUGUGGCCGACCCUUCUGGAUCUCAGCAGGGAUGAAUGCAAACGGGUCCUUCGCAAACUGGAACUGGAGGCAUAUGCUGGAGUCAUCAGUGCCUUGCGAGCCCAGGGGGACCUCACAAAGGACAAGAAAGACCUCCUUGGAGAACUCUCCAAAGUGCUCAGCAUUUCGACGGAAAGGCAUCGAGCCGAAGUUCGGAGGGCGGUAAACGACGAGCGGUUGACGACCAUUGCGCACAAUUCAAAUGGGCCGAACAGCUCUUCCGGUCGGUCCAUCGAAGGGCGGCGCCUGGUCCCUCUGAUGCCACGGUUGGUCCCCCAAACGCUUUUUACCGUCACAGCAAACGCCGUUGCCAACGCAGCUCUCCAGCACAAUGCUUCUCUUCCCCUUCCUGCAGAGACAGGAAGCAAAGAAAGCGAGGUGGUGGUCUGCUAUUCCUACACAAGCACAACUUCUACCCCGACGGCCCACCCCCACUCCAGCGGCAGCGUCGCAACGGUCAAGUCCCCCCGGCCCGCCAGCCCAGCUUCCAACGUGGUCGUCUUGCCGAGCGGAAGCGCAGUUUACGUCAAAAGCGUGAGCUGCUCGGACGACGACGAGAAGCCGCGCAAGAGGCGCCGCACCAACUCUUCGAAGCUCGGGUCUCCGGCCCCUCCUCCUGCUGAGGUCCCGAAGGCCGUCACCCCGGUGACGAAGACCAUCACGGUGCCCGGCAGCCCCAAGAUGAGCAGCAUCAUGCAAAGCAUCGCCAACUCCCUGCCGCCCCACAUGUCCCCCGUGAAGAUCACCUUCACCAAGCCCUCCACGCAGACGACCAACACGACCACCCAGAAGGUGAUCAUCGUAACCACGUCCCCCAGCUCCACCUUCGUCCCAAACAUCCUGUCGAAGUCUCACAACUACGCCGCCGUCACCAAGCUCGUCCCGACCUCCGUGAUCACCUCGACCACUCAGAAACAGCCGGUGGUCAUCACCGCCCCCCAGUCCUCUCUGGUCAGCAGCAGCAGCUGCUCCACUCCCUCUUCCUCCUCCAGCACCGUGGCCGUGACCACCGUGGUGUCCUCCACGCCUCACAGGUCGUGAUGCUCCAUCAGAAAGGGUGUGUCCACGUCCGCCAUUAAGGUGGCCUCGACCAGACUUCCUUCCCCCAAAAGCUUGGUGGGGACACCCACCCAGAUCCUUGCACAGUUCCCCAAGCAGCAACAGACACAGCAGCAGCAGCUGACCCAGGCAUCGCUCGUCACCCAGACACAGGCGUCAGCACAGCAGUCUCCAGCACCACCCCUGCCUCCCCAGCCGUCUCCUCUGCCUCCUGGCAUCAAGCCCACCAUCCAGAUCAAACAGGAGUCAGGGGUCAAAAUAAUCACCCAGCAGGUGCAGCCCAGCAAAAUCCUCCCCAAGCCGGUCACGGCCACCUUGCCCAGCAGCAGCAACUCCCCCAUCAUGGUGGUCAGCAGCAACGGGACAAUCAUGACGACGAAACUGGUCACCACUCCCACCGGGACUCAAGCGACUUACACCCGUCCAACGGUGAGCCCGUCCCUCGGAACGCGCCUGACCGGCACCCCCGGCGGCGCCACUUACGUUAAGACGACCAGUGGCAGCAUCAUCACCGUGGUCCCCAAAUCGCUGGCCACGCUGGGAGGGAAGCUGAUCAGCAGUAAUAUUGUUUCCGGCAACUCCUUGAUGAAGACCUAUUUUCAACAAAAAGGGACGACGACCAAAAUCACCACCAUCCCCGUGACGUCCAAGCCGAACGUGAUCGUCGUGCAAAAGACGACGGGCAAGGGCACCACCAUUCAGGGCCUCCCCGGCAAAAACGUCGUCACGACAUUGCUGAACGCUGGGGGAGAAAAAACCAUUCAAGCGGUGCCAGCCGGGGCGAAGCCGGCUAUUAUUACUGCCACCAGGCCCAUUACUAAAAUGAUCGUCACGCAGCCAAAAGGGAUCCGGUCAGCUGUUCAGCCAGCCACCAAAAUAAUCCCCACCAAAAUUGUGUACGGCCAGCAAGGAAAGACGCAGGUGCUCAUCAAGCCAAAGCCAGUGACCUUCCAGGCCACGGUCGUGAGCGAGCAGACGAGGCAGCUGGUCACCGAAACGCUGCAGCAGGCGUCCCGUGUGGUAGAGGCAGGGGCUGCCACGUUGCCGGAACUGAAAGAAGAGCCCCCGGGGUACACGGACAGCAGCUCUUCUUCUACAGAGUCCUCACAGGGGUCCCAAGAUUCCCACCCGGUGGUUCACGUCAUCGCCUCCCGAAGCCAGGAUUGGUCCGAGCACGAGAUUGCUGUGGACUCCAGUCCCACCAUCAUCUACCAAGACGUCUCCAGCGAAUCUCAGUCGGCCACUUCCACGAUCAAAGCCCUCUUGGAGCUCCAGCAGACGACAGGUUACCAAGGGAGCUUCUCUGGCAGACGUUCAAUGAAAUGUCGUGACGACGUUUUUGCCGGGGAGGCCCUGAAUGGUGGUGCCACUGCCGAUAGUCUUUUGCCGCGGCUUGAUCCGCGUUUAUUGGAUGUCACGGGGAUGAGUGGUGAUUUUGGUGGAGUGGCAGAUGCAAUAUGCUAUCUUUUCCAGCCCUGGGAACCCACGAUAAACAACAAGGAAGUGCCCAGACAUCCGGCUGUUCGGCACUCCAAGUGCAUGGGAGCUGCAGGGGCGCAUCGGACUGCAACCGGUGGCAUCAUUAGGGCCUUGGGAACCCACAAACAGGAAACGGGAUUUGAGACAAGGUUCCACUCUGGCGUUCUUCCUGUUCCCUCGUCUACUGAAACAUCGAUUGGAGUUGUAUUUCCUAUGUUGCCCUACCCCUCGACCAUCCCCUUUUAA